AUCUUUAAUGCAAUGGCAGCCCCUCGGGGAAGGUCAAAGAAAAGAACUGCGUUUGAUCUAACUCCAGAUAGCCUUCCUUUGAGGAGCUCCGGUAGACAGGCAAAGAAGAAAGUAACAGAGACGAUAGAGGAGGAUGAAGAUGGUGUGUCUGAGAAGAAAUACCGCAAAUGUGAAAAGGCAGGCUGUACAGCAGCGUGUCCUGUGUGCUUCGCAAGUGCUUCAGAAAGAUGUGCCAAAAAUGGUUACACAUCCCGAUGGUAUCACCUUUCCUGCGGGGAACAUUUCUGCAACGAGUGUUUCGACCAUUACUACAGGAGCCAUAAAGAUGGAUAUGACAAAUAUACUACAUGGAAAAAAAUUUGGACCAGCAACGGCAAAACAGAACCCAGCCCCAAAGCAUUCAUGGCCGACCAGCAGCUCCCUUACUGGGUGCAGUGUACAAAACCCGAGUGUAGGAAAUGGAGGCAGCUUACCAAGGAAAUCCAGCUUACUCCACAGAUAGCAAAGACUUACCGGUGUGGUAUGAAACCAAAUACUAUGAAGCCCGAGAGCUCAGACCAUUGUUCCCUGCCCGAGGACCUGAGAGUGUCAGAAGUUUCCAACCACUGGUGGUACUCCAUGCUCAUCCUGCCUCCUUUGCUGAAAGACAGUGUGGCAGCGCCUCUGCUCUCCGCCUACUACCCUGACUGCGUGGGCAUGAGCCCCUCCUGUACCAGCACAAACCGCGCCGCCGCCUCUGCCACCACAGCCACCACCGGUGAUGCCAGCCCGGGGAGGCUGGAGCCCUCCAAGGUGGCCCCUUCUGUGCUUGUUCCAGGCAUGAAUCGGUACUUCCAGCCUUUCUACCAGCCCAAUGAGUGUGGCAAGGCCCUGUGUGUGCGGCCCGAUGUGAUGGAGCUGGAUGAGCUCUAUGAGUUUCCUGAGUACUCCCGAGACCCCACCAUGUACUUGGCUCUGCGAAACCUCAUCCUCGCCCUGUGGUAUACGAAUUGCAAAGAAGCUCUUACUCCUCAGAAAUGCAUUCCUCACAUCAUCGUCCGGGGUCUUGUGCGCAUUCGGUGUGUUCAGGAAGUGGAGAGGAUACUUUAUUUUAUGACGAGGAAAGGCCUCAUCAACACAGGAGUUCUUACCGUGGGAGCCGACCAUUAUCUUCUUCCCAAAGACUAUCACAAUAAAUCAGUCAUCAUUGUUGGGGCUGGUCCAGCAGGGUUAGCUGCUGCUAGGCAACUGCAUAACUUUGGAAUUAAGGUGACUGUCCUGGAAGCCAAAGACAGAAUCGGAGGCCGAGUGUGGGAUGAUAAAUCUUUUAAAGGUGUCACGGUGGGAAGAGGACCCCAGAUUGUCAAUGGCUGUGUUAAUAACCCAGUAGCACUAAUGUGUGAGCAACUUGGCAUCAGCAUGCAUAAAUUUGGAGAAAGAUGUGACUUAAUUCAGGAAGGUGGAAGAAUAACUGACCCCACCAUUGACAAGCGCAUGGAUUUUCAUUUUAAUGCUCUCUUGGAUGUUGUCUCUGAGUGGAGGAAGGAUAAGACUCAGCUCCAAGAUGUCCCUUUAGGAGAAAAGAUAGAGGAGAUCUACAAAGCUUUCAUUAAGGAAUCCGGCAUCCAGUUCAGCGAGCUGGAGGGGCAGGUGCUCCAGUUCCAUCUCAGUAACCUGGAAUACGCCUGUGGCAGCAACCUCCACCAGGUUUCGGCUCGCUCCUGGGAUCACAAUGAAUUCUUCGCUCAGUUUGCUGGUGACCACACUCUCCUGACUCCUGGGUACUCUGUAAUCAUUGAGAAACUGGCCGAAGGGCUUGACAUUCGGCUCCAGUCUCCGGUGAGCAUUGGAACUAUUAUUUGUUUUCUGCAGGUAUUAGUUGCUGUUCCACUGGCCAUACUACAGAAAGGUGUCAUUCAGUUUAAUCCACCACUGUCAGAGAAGAAGAUGAAAGCUAUCAACAGCUUGGGCGCUGGCAUCAUCGAGAAGAUUGCCUUGCAAUUUCCGUACAGAUUUUGGGACAGCAAAGUUCAAGGAGCUGACUUUUUUGGUCAUGUUCCUCCCAGUGCCAGCCAGCGCGGGCUCUUUGCUGUAUACUAUGACAUGGAUCCCCAGAAGCAGCAGAGCGUGUUGAUGUCGGUGAUUGCUGGGGAGGCAGUGGCGUCAGUUCGGACCCUGGAUGACAAGCAGGUGCUGCAGCAGUGCAUGGCCACCCUGCGGGAGCUGUUCAAGGAGCAGGAGGUCCCAGAUCCCUCGAAGUAUUUUGUCACUCGAUGGAGCACAGAACCAUGGAUCCAGAUGGCAUACAGUUUUGUGAAGACAUUUGGGAGCGGAGAGGCCUAUGAUAUCAUUGCUGAAGAAAUACAAGGAACUGUCUUUUUUGCUGGCGAGGCAACAAACAGGCAUUUUCCACAAACUGUUACAGGAGCUUAUUUGAGUGGUGUUCGAGAAGCAAGCAAGAUCGCAGCCUUCUGAAUAGAAUUUGUCUGGAGCUAGCUUUCUUCUGUACCCCAAAUGGGAAAGUUUGAAACACAGGUUAAACCUCAAUUUUGUGUGUGUGUGUGUGUCUGUGUGUACGCCUGCUCUGGAUAGCAAACCUGAAAGGUUUCUAAAGUAUUCUGAAAAUGUAAACCCACUCUGGAAGCACCGCCCCCAAAGUCCUUAUGAGCACUUAUAUUUAAUUGCAUUUUCCACAAGGCCAACUAGCACUGAAGUCCUCUGGAUUUCGGAGUAGGGCAGAAUACAGCCUAAAGUUGAGACUUGGGUAAGAUUCUUCCAUGGCUGAAGGUUCCCUUGAGACUCGACAUUUUGUUGGGCUGAUGAAUUUUUCAUACAUUACAGAACCGAGUAAAUUGAGCAGGAAUGACUAACAAACUAGAUAAAGCCAUGUGUUUUUGUUCUGUGAACUUACCAGUAUCUUUACCAAUGAGCCUUAAUAUUUUUAUAUAGCUCCAGAAUUAACCAGUACUUAAAAAUUUAGAUAAGAACUUUCUUUUUUGAUACACCAUAAACUCUCUGGCUGAAGGCAAAAUGAAGUUUCUAGAAGACUAUUUUAUACUGUACAUAUUUUUUCCCAUUGGGUAUUCAAAAAGAAACUAAAUUCAGGUGUUUUUGUGAUGUAUUUGUCCACUCGUUGGCAAAACAGCAAAACUCUCAAUCCUUAAACAGCAUAGGGGUCUUAUAAUUGAGAAUGGGGUGUAGAGUGUGGUCUGUAUGCUACAAAAUACAGCUGUUUUUCUUAAAAGCCAAAUUUGAGUGGGUAGCUAACUUUUAAUAUCCCUAAAUUUUGGCAACCGCUAGCAAAAGGAUGUUAGAAUAAAAACCCCUUCUCAUUUUUUAAAAUUGAUUCACUCUCUAGGAGUAUUUUUUGCAUAAUUAUGUUUAGUUUUCCAUAGGCAGGUCCACUGGAAAACUGCAUGAAAAUGUGAGUUAUUGUGGUAAAUAUAUUUUAUAAGCCAUAUCUUAUGAGCCUGACAGGGCCAAAUCUUUUUCCUUUUUCACUUUUGACAAAAAAAUGUUCAAUAAACAUUGGUUUCAGGGUCUUCAGGAUGCCUAUUUUGCUAAGAAACUUCAGUUUACAGGUUAGAAAUGUGCUUUUGUUUUAAAAAGUCUUUGAACAAUUCUUUGAAUUAUAUUGGUCUGUUUUAAUAAAGGGGCUAAAAUAACUUUAAAGCCACUUUUCAAAAUAUUUGAUAUUUUUGAAAUUUAAAAUAAAUCAGCUUGUAAGAAUGAUCUCUUAUGCAAAGAAUAUACAGUGAACUUUAGUUUAGAUAAACCCUCCCAUCAAAGUAUGAUACAAAAGAAAGUUAAUAGCUGUAUACUUCAACGUGAACACAGGGAAAUGGUGAUAUUUAGGUUGAGACUCAUUGGUACUGAUUAGGAAGUAUUCUGCUUAGAAGUGUUACGUAAUAUGUUUAAUAGCAUGUGUUAAGGGAUAAAUGCAAAAUAUGUUGUUUGAAGUGGUUCACAGUAAAUUAUUACUUCAGCUUCUCCUGGGCACUUAAAUUUGUACUGUGCUACCUACAAGCAGGGAAAAAACUACUUUAAGUAUGGUACAUGUAUUUAAAAAAUUGCUUUUCAUUUUUCAAGUGACAUACUUCAUUUGACAUUUUGUUGAGGAACUAUGGUAUUUUCCAGUUACUUUGAAUGUUUUUAAUGUUGUCUGAAGAUUUUGUAAUUGAAUAGCAGUGAAUACAAACAUUUACAGUGACUUAACUUCAGAUCAUGAGUAGCUGGUUGUGCAAAACUGCUUAAUAAAAACUAGACUUGUUUUUCAAAUA